CCCACUUAAUAUCCUGAUGCUUGUUUAGGGGCUGCAUUAUUAGGCAGACAAAUGCGAGAGGGCAACCACUCUAUCUAUCUAUAUAUAAAUAAUCACACCCAAGCUUUCUCUUGCUCUCUCUCUCUCUCUCUCUCUCUCUGUGUCCAACAUGUUCUCCAAGCAUUUUCAUCUCUGCUUCUUCAAGCUCAAGUGCCCCACCGCCACACCACCCCGUCCCAAACACUCCUCCUCCUCUCCAUCUCCUUCUUCCGCCUCCACCUUCCUUUUCUCCGACGAUUUCUCCUCCGACUCCGACUCCGACUCUACUCGCGAUCCUCUCCCGCCUGACUUCUCUUCCCUUUUCGCCUCCCAUCGCUUCUUCUUCUCCUCUCCCGGCCUCUCCAACUCCAUCAUUGAGUCUCCCGACACUCGUCCAACCACCACCGCCCACAGCCGUACUGACACGACGAUGUCGACGUUGUUGCCCAGAGGCGGCGGAGUCGGAGUGCCCAAGUACUCCCUCGAUCCCUACGACGAUUUCCGCCGUUCCAUGCAAGAGAUGAUUGAUUCCAGGGAAUCGGUGGACGUCACCAGAGAUUGGGAUUAUCUUUACGACCUCCUUUUAUGCUAUCUCGCUCUCAACCCUUCUCACACUCACAGGUACAUCGUCCGAGCUUUCACCGACCUCGUCGUCCAUCUCUUGUCCUCUCCUCCUCCGUCUUCCUCCCUACCGGAAACCACCCAACAACCACCACCACCACAGUAGCUUUUUUUGCUUUUUCUUUUUCGGGUGUUUGUAUAUUUAUUGUAAAAUUAUUUUUCCCCCUUUAACACAUCGCUGCUACGGAUCUGAAGCGUCAAUUCUACUACGCCAGUUUGGUAUGUUUAGAAUUUUACUACGUGCUAUUCCGCUAAUUUUUUCGAGGCUGAACUUUGAUCCCUUGGUCGGAUAACAUAAAUUUGCUUUGAUGAUCGAUGUAUAUUACGUUUUCCAAGAGAGAAAUGGAGUGGCGGUUGUGAAGCCCGUUGUGAUUCUAUAUAGGCCCCCCCUCUCUUUUCCCUUAUAAAUUAUACUUAGUGCUUGGUGAAGGGGAUUGCGAAUCCAGCGAUGAAGACAAAGCAAAAUUGUAUUUUGAAGAUCACAGUUUCACAUAACCAAGGAGGCCUGUAGGAGAGAGAGAGAGACAUUAUUAGUAUUGUCUCGAUGCUGUAUUAUUAUAAUGUUUUCUCUAUUAUCACUUUGUUAUGGAAAUUAGCAAAACUACUCCCUCUAUCCCCAAACAUACCCAUUUUUUUUUCAAGUCAUUGUCCCCUUUUUAUGAUAACUUAUGUUGAAAUUUAAUAAGAUGUUUUAUAAAAUA